AGUUACUUAAGAAAAAUACGGCUUAGUUGUUUAAUUUAUAAAAACUGAUUAUCAUUCCACUAAAUGAGUUAACCAUGCUAUGAAGGACUAUGAUCUACCCAAAGUUCACUCCUUCCAGAUGUUUAUUAUCAAUUACUUUAACAAGCUUAGUAGUAUUGUUAAUCUUUAUCUCUUCUUCUAACGAUAGAACUACCGAAGAAUUAUCACCUGGGAGAAUCUUUAAUAAUGAAAUCAAACCAGGCAGAAACUACACACCAGGAGACUUUGUCAGCUAUCUUUAUUCAGAGCCAUCCAACGAAAGUUACUGCAACUUUAAUUACAACGUUCCCAAGGAUUUUAAUUAUGGAAAUGCCGACGUAGACUUUGGACCAGAAUUAGGAAAACAAACUUCCUACAGAAUUGUCUACAACGUACUUAUGGCUCAAAUGGCGGAGGGAGUUCCGGAAGUGACUUACGCUACUCACGUGUCUGCUGAUUUUAUGUAUUAUUUGCCAGAACUAGUUAGAUAUUGGGAUGGCUUUAUUAGCAUUACUGCCUUUGUUCCCGAUUUAGAUGUUAGCCAUGUAAUAGAACAAAUAAAUCAAUACUGCUACUGUCUUCCAGGAAUGUCACGAGUGUCGCUGCAUUUUGUAUUUGAUAGAUUUGUAGCGCCAUCUAGAAAAGAUGUGUAUUUUACGAAACCAAGUAAUUGUGAAUUAAUAGAUUCUUCAAAAUUAAAAACUUACAGGCAUGCCGACGACAGUGUUAUGUAUCCCAUUAAUGUUUGCCGCAAUGCAGCGAGAACAGCAUCAUUAACAGAACUAGUUAUGGUUUCAGAUAUUCAGCUUAUGCCCAGUGAAGGACUUGCUUAUAAGUUUUUGGAGAUGUUGGAUCGUUACAAGUUACACGAUUGCGAACGUAGAGUAUACGUUCUUCCAAUAUUUGAGGUUGAAGCGGCAGAAAAUGUACCGAGAACAAAGAGUCAACUCGUUGAAAUGGUUAAAGAGAAGAAAUCAGUUUAUUUUCAUAAAUUAGUAUGUCGUCAUUGUCAAAAGUUUCCGGGAAUAGAAUCUUGGAUGAGGACGGAUCCAAAGGAUAGUGUUAAACCAUUACUUACUGCACGUAGGGAAGUGCCUUAUCACAGAUGGGAGCCUAUAUACAUUGGAACAAAAGCUGAACCAUUGUAUAAUGAAAAGCUGUCUUGGGAAGGACUUCAAGAUAAAAUGUUACAGAUGCUGGAAAUGUGCCUUAUGGAAUAUAAAUUUGUUAUAUUGGACGGAGCGUUUUUGGUACAUUGGCCCGGAAUGAAAAAACAAAAGGAGGACGAACCGUGGAGAAAACCUUUCGUGAAGCAAAAUUCUGAUGAAUACAAAAAAAUACUCACCAAUCUGCUAAAAAAAUACAAUUCUAAACCACAAUGCAAACCACAAUAGUACCUAUUACCGUUAAGAAAUUGUAUAUAAGAGAAAUACUUUGUAUUAUUUAUAUUUAACUUAAGUUUUGAUAAAUUGUAAUAUAUAUUUAAAAUGCAAUAACCGUGUAUACCGUUAGUAAUUAAAUAAAAAUUCGGUUAUU